AUUACCAAGAAGAAGGAAGCAACAGCCAGCUCACAGCCGCGCCGUAAACAGCGGGAUCUGAGCAGAAACGGUGAGAACUGAGAAGUGAAGGCAGGCCCCAUCCAUCUCCAGAGCGAGCAAGCAAGCAAGCCAGCCAGCCAGCCAAGAAAGAAAGACGAAGCAAAUAAUAAUAAUAUUAACAAUAAACAAAAGCCAAACCAAAACAGUCGGUGAUCUUCCUCUUCUUCUCCUUCCUUAUUAUAUUAGGAAGACAAGGGAGAAAGAGUGUGUGUGUGUGUGUGUAGGUGCGUGUUGUUGGAAAGAAAGGAAAGAGAUGGGUCAAGACGGUAUCACUCCCCAGAAGCGCGGCGGCGGGCUUCCCACCAGCACCACCACCGUCAACGGCAGGGCCGGCAGGGGCUCCAUUCUCCCGCGCGGCCGCCAGAUCCACCGCACCUUCAACAACAUCAAGAUCACCAUCCUCUGUGGCUUCGUCACCAUCCUCGUCCUCCGCGGCUACAUCGGCCUCAACCUCGGCUCCCCCGACGCCGACGCCAUCAACCAAAACCUCAUCGAGGAGACCAACCGCAUCCUCGCCGAGAUCCGCUCCGACCACGACCCCGACGACGUCACCGAGCCCUACUUCGACGGCAACGCCACCUUCUCCCUCGGCCCCAGGAUCUCCAAUUGGGACCACGACCGCAAGAUCUGGCUCGAUCUCCACCCCCAAUUCCCCAGCUUCGUCCGCGGUAAGCCUCGGAUCUUGCUCGUCACCGGCUCCCCGCCCAACCCCUGUGAUAACCCCAUUGGGGAUCACUAUCUCCUCAAAGCAAUCAAGAACAAGAUUGAUUACUGUAGGUUACACGGGAUUGAGAUUGUCUACAACAUGGCUCAUUUGGACAAGGAGCUCGCUGGGUAUUGGGCGAAAUUGCCCCUGAUUCGGAGGUUGAUGUUGUCUCACCCUGAAGUGGAGUGGAUUUGGUGGAUGGACAGUGAUGCUCUGUUUACCGACAUGGUGUUUGAGCUUCCAUUUUCAAAGUAUGACGAUUACAAUCUGGUUGUCCAUGGGUAUCCCGAUUUGUUGUUCGAGCAGAAGUCUUGGAUUGCAGUGAACACUGGUAGUUUCCUGUUCCGGAAUUGCCAGUGGUCAUUGGAUUUGCUUGAUACUUGGGCUCCAAUGGGUCCAAAGGGUCCGAUUCGUGACGAGGCUGGAAGGAUUUUGACUGCAAAUUUGAAGGGCAGGCCGGCUUUUGAGGCUGAUGAUCAGUCAGCUUUAAUAUACUUGUUGAUUUCGCAGAAGGAUCUGUGGAUGAACAAGGUGUUCCUUGAGAAUUCUUACUAUUUACAUGGGUACUGGGCUGGCUUGGUGGAUCGAUACGAGGAGAUGAUUGAGAAGUACCACCCGGGAUUGGGUGAUGAGAGGUGGCCUUUUGUGACUCACUUUGUGGGUUGCAAACCUUGCGGGAGCUAUGGGGACUACCCAGUUGAAAGGUGCUUGAGCAGUAUGGAGAGGGCCUUCAAUUUUGCAGAUAACCAGGUUCUCAAGCUGUAUGGGUUUAGACAUAGAGGCUUGUUGAGUCCCAAGAUCAAGAGGGUCAGGAAUGAAACAGUUAAGCCUUUGGAGAUUGUAGAUCAGUUUGAUAUUAGGCGAACAGAGCAUGGCAGCAAGGCAUCACUGGGCUAGCUGUAAGUCAUCAACUGCUGGCGAUAAUUAAUAGAGUAUAGGGACAGUUUCCACAAGAGAAGCAGACAAGACCUACCCAUUCCACGAGGAUUCUGUUUCUAGGUGCUGUUAAGAACUGGGCUUAUACUUCAGAUUUUCAAUACACUUUAGAUUUUUCAAUACAUGAAACUUGGUAUGAAAGUUCUUCCCCCCGGUUUGGUUGUUCUAUCCAGGGACAUAACAUCUUUUUAGCAAUUUUCGCCCUGGAGGUCAAAUCUUGAGGCCAUAGAACUAUGAGCUGUAUCCAGAGCAAAAUAGGUGGGGUGGUUUGAGAAAAUAGGGGCCUCUUAUUUUUAUCGGUAGCAAAUUUGACUUGAAAGAAAGCGAACAAGCAUUGUCGUGAACAGGCUUGCACUCCUGACUGUACACAUGUGGAUGUGCAACUUCAAUUUAGUACUGUUUUUUGUUAUUUAUUAUAAGACCACUGAUGGUGGACAAUUGGAGUUUGGGUGGAGUUCCAUCUUGUUGUAUUGAUAAUAGUUUAUCAAGCCCUCAUUUUAUUUA